UGCCACCCCAGGGUGGGAAUGCUAAGACAGACAGCCGGUUUAUUUUUGGUUCAGUGACAGUGUGUCAAUGGCCGCAGAUGCGUCGCAAAGGAAGGCUCUGAGAUAUCAGCAGACCGUGCUAUAUGGAGAGUACAGGGAGCACCCUGGUGGGUCCCAGAGGAGAGAGGCCACUCGCCUUCUGAUGGAGAGACAGCGGAAAAAACAUGGACAUGGACAUCACUACCAUGGACAGCACCAUUACAGUCACCAUGGGCGCAGUCACAAUCGAAGACGCCAUCACAGACGCAAGCAUGUGGAGCUGGACAUAGGCAGCAUUCAUGACCGGCAGGAGGAGGAGGAGCAGGGCCACACGUCGUCCUUCAAGAAACGCAGAUCCUACUCCAAGUGCAGAGACUGUGUGGCUCGAGUACAGAAGUUCCUCGUCUCGAAAUUGGGGGAAGACUGGAUCUUUCUGGUGUUGUUGGGUAUUACCAUGGCAUUAGUUAGCUGGACCAUGGACUAUGCUAGUGCCAAGAGUCUACAAGCCUAUAAGUGGUUUUAUGGGGAGUUGAGGGGAAAUAUCCCGCUGCAGUACCUGGUCUGGGUCUUCUAUCCCAUGGUGCUCAUCCUGUUUGCCUCCCUCUUCUGCCACCUGGUCGCUCCUCAGGCCAUUGGCUCUGGUAUUCCAGAGCUGAAAACCAUACUCCGAGGUGUUGUGCUGAAGGAGUAUCUGACGCUCAAGGCAUUUAUUGCGAAGGUGGUGGGACUCACUGCUGGCCUGGGCAGCGGUAUGCCGGUUGGCAAAGAGGGUCCCUUUGUUCACAUAGCCAGUAUCUGUGCCGCUGUGCUAAGCAGGUUUAUGUCUUUCUUCUCUGGAGUUUAUCAGAGCCCAUACUGUUAUACAGACAUCCUCACAGUGGGCUGUGCUGUGGGGGUUGGAUGCUGUUUUGGAACCCCUCUCGGAGGUGUUUUAUUCAGCAUUGAAGUUACAUCAACCUAUUUUGCUGUGAGAAACUACUGGAGGGGCUACUUUGCUGCCACUUUCAGUGCUUUUAUUUUUAGAGUGCUGUCUGUGUUUAAUAAGGAUGCAGUUACCAUCACUGCUCUCUUCCGCACCAACUUCCGUAUGGAUUUUCCUUUCGACCUGCAGGAGCUCCCGGCGUUCGCCAUUAUUGGGAUCUCUUGUGGGUUCCUGGGAGCUUUCUUCGUUUACCUGAACCGCCAAGUUGUCCUGUUCAUGAGAAGACCGAACAUUCUCACAAGAUUCCUUACAAAACACCGGCUGAUUUUCCCUGCUGUUGUGACCUUAGUGGUUACGACACUGACAUUCCCUCCUGGCUUUGGGCAGUUCAUGGCUGGAGAGCUGAUGCCCAGGGAGUGCAUCAACUCUCUGUUUGAUAACUUCACCUGGACUAAAAUAUGGGGUUCCUCCCUUCCUCCUGGUCUCGGUCGCUCUGCUGUGUGGUUUCACCCUGAUGUCAGCAUCUUUGUCAUUCUUAUUCUCUUCUUUAUCAUGAAGUUCUGGAUGUCUGCAGUUUCCACCACAAUGCCCAUCCCGUCUGGAGCUUUCAUGCCUGUCUUUGUAUUGGGUGCCGCAUUUGGUCGCUUAGUGGGUGAGAUCAUGGCUACUCUCUUUCCUCACGGUAUCCUGUUUGAUGGAAUACUGUACCGCAUCAUCCCUGGAGGGUACGCUGUCAUUGUUCUCCAUCUUUCCUUCCUGGUACUCUAUUGUUUUAUCCCUGUUCCUGAAGGUGCAGCGGCGCUGACGGGGGCCGUCACUCACACCGUUUCCACCGCGGUGAUCUGCUUCGAGCUGACCGGUCAGAUCUCUCACAUCCUUCCCAUGAUGGUCGCCGUCAUCCUGGCCAACAUGGUAGCGCAGGGUCUGCAGCCAUCACUGUACGACUCCAUCAUCCAGGUCAAGAAGCUGCCCUAUCUCCCAGAGCUGGGCUUCGGCCACAUAAGCCAGUAUAAUAUCUUCGUGGAGGACAUCAUGGUGAGGAAAGUGAAGUUUUUAUGUUCCCAUUCUACAUACAGAGAAGUACUGCAUUUGCUGGACUCGACCUCUUUAAAAACCUUCCCACUGGUCGACUCCAAAGAAUCUAUGAUUCUAUUGGGCAGCAUUGAGCGGUCUGAGCUUCUCGCCCUCUGUGAUUGGUGGCUGUCAGCAGAGAGGCGGAUCCUAACACAAGGACAAGUGCCUUGUGCCAAAAUCAGCUGGGAAUCCUUUGCCUUUGUUGAUGAGGAAGAAGAGGAGAAUGAAGAUGAUAAGACGAUACCAGUUCAGGAGGAAAGAAACGGUCCUGUGCCUCCACCCAAACCUUCAGAACCAUCCACCAAUCACACGUCUCCCGAUAAGGGUCCUUCUCCAUCUUUCAGGAGAAUUUUACGUAACUUCUUUUCAUCCUCUUCAGAACGACACACAGAAGGUCAGCCACAGGAGCCUUACCCUCCACCUUUAACUGAUACAAUGACACCAGAACAGAUCAAAGUCUGGGAGGAGACAGAGAUGGACAAACCUCUAGAUAUCGAUCAAAUCAGAAUAGACCCCUCCCCCUUCCAGCUGGUUGAGAGAACAUCACUGCAUAAGACUCAUACCCUGUUCUCUCUGCUGGGCCUCAGUCAUGCCUAUGUAACCAAUACUGGAAAACUAGUGGGAGUGGUAGCACUGAAAGAGCUUCAAAAAGCCAUUGAGGGCUCCACACGCAGUGGUGUACGCUUGCGCCCCCCUCUUGCCAGUUUCCGUGACACAAAUCGUAAAGCCUCGAAGCCUCCUCAGGCCUCCUCCCCUCCAUCCUCCCCUGGCUCCACCACAGCUCCCUCCUCGCCUCUGUCUGCACCCGUGGUCCCUCACGUCCAUUCCCUGAGCCCAGCGGCCCCAGUGCAAAAAGAGGAGGAGGAGAUGGAGGUGUGGAUUGAGGGCGUGAAGCACGAGGUGAUCGUGGGGAACAGCAGAAGCAUGAUGACUGGAAGCAGUAGUGGCAGCAGUAGCGGGACAGGAAGUAGUGACAGUGAGACAGGAAGUCCCGACAGCAGCCCAGCCCUACCGCCCUCCUCUCCUCCACCACCCAUCCCUCUCUCCACCCUGCAGCCCGUCCCGGAGAACAAGGAGGGUGUAGAAAAUGAGGAUGAGGAGCCCCUUUAGAACAAGUAAAGUUUGUUUUUCUUUUAUUUAAGGUGUGAACAGUGUACUUUUGUUCACUUUUAUUUUUAUAUAACAAUUUCAUGUUUUUUUAUUCAUGUGCUGCAUUUCAAAGGUUUCAAACUGUCUGUUAUUUUCCUGAGUCACACUUAGUUUGUUCUCCUGCUCUCUUUUCUGCUUCCUUUUCCUCUAUUCUCUGACUCUUUUUUUCCCCCUAUACAUUUCUGUAAAUAAUUUUAUUUUCCUUUUUUUAAUUUCUUCCUCUUUUUCUUUUUUCCACUUAAGGGGAAAAUUUUAUUUCCAGAUUGUUUUAGAGAAAGAAGAAGAAAAAUAAGUAAAAGAGUUUUCUUCUUAUUUCUCCUCUUCCUCUAGAAUUUUCUGUACAUUUUAUUUUCGUCUUUCUUGUUUUUCCUCUCACUUUUCUACUCACACUUGCGCUGUUCAUUUCUCUUUCCUCUAAAUGUUUCUGUAAAUAAAUGUCAUCUCUUCCACUACCACUUGCUCUUCCUCCUUUUUUCCUUUUCCUCUAAAAAAAUAAAUAAAUCGGUAAAUAAAUAUAAACUGCCCCAUGGGAUUAUGUUCAGAUUGGUGCUCUUUUUUUUACUCCCCAAUAACACUUCUAAUAUUUCUUGACAUUCAGUAGUUUAAUGUUACACUGCUGUCAAAAAACAUAAAUGGGGAAUCUUCAAACAUUUACUGAUUAUAUUUUAAUAUAUAUAUAUAUGUGUGUUUUAUUGGAGCACUAAAACAUUAACAUUUUCAUUACUGACAAAAGUGAUCAUGUUGAACCAGGUCUACAAGCGCCAGAUUUCAGACCUCAUGAAAACACUUAAAGUCUUCAUACACCCGGAUCAUUUCAUAUGUGUUAACAUGUGUGUCAUAUGUGUUAACACUUUUAUGUUAUAAAAUAUACAAAAUCAAUUUCCAACAAAGAAUAUUUGCACUGCAUUGUUAGUAGUUGUCAAAAAUAUCUUUAUAACAAAACAUGGCCAGCAGGUGGCACUUUGAGGACCUUUGAGAAUCUGAACUUUCUUUUCACCUAGAACAAAUUUUCCUUGUGCCCUUAUCCAGUUCAGGGUGUGCGCACUGUCCUUUCGUAAUGAAACCCUUUAUAUCCUGCCUUCAUCUAUCCAUAAUUUUCUGAAAUCUAUCUCAGGUGUCUCUCAUGUCUUUAAACCAAGGACUGUCUGCUGUUUAUGAACAAUCUAUGUUAGUUGAUAUGAUCUGCUGUCUUCUUUUAAAUGUCACAGUUAUUUUAAUGUGAUUUUAUAUCUGUUCAGUCGGUGAGCAAUAACUUUAUUGGCCUCCAUUUUUGUUUGUUUGUUUUUGUCAUAUUUAUUAAUUUAUUUAUUCUCUUUCCUUCUUGGUGUGAUGAGAUAUCGACAGAAAAAUGUUUGAUUCUUAAUGUAGCUUUGAAACAUUGAUUGGUUUUGUCUCAUAUCUUCCAAGAAUGAUUAACAAUUCAAUAAACUGAUACGUCUGAAUUAAAAAA